AGAAAGUACAUGAAAGUUUUCGUCGAUUUUUGAAUGCUAGUUGAACGCUCAAUAGUGAUCGUGUUGCUCUUAAAAAUAUAUUUAAAUAAAGCGUAAACGAUUUUCUAUAUUAUCAGGCGAUAAAUUACAGAUGUAAGUCUGGUUAAAUUAUUAUAAUAGUGCUGGAAUUUUGUUCGCUUUUUGAAACUUGCAGAAAUCAAGAUGGCGGAAGACCUGGAUGUAGAAGCCAUGCUAGAGGCCCCUUAUAAAAAAGAUACCUUUGAGAUAUUUCUCGAGUAUGCAUCUACAGUGACACUUCAAUAUAGAGGCUUACCUGGUCUCACACACUCUGUUAAUUCCGGCAUACUGCUGUAUCAUGAGGUCAUCCGAACUACCUCCACCAUGGAUCUAUGUCAUCGUGGAUUCUAAGCAAAAUAUACAGUAUUGAAUAAUUGAACUUAGAUUGAAGUAAGCGUUCAUUAAAAGGCAGUAGUAUGAAGAAAGCACUAGUACCUCUAGAUGCACUCAAUAUAGCUGUAUAUGGAUGGAUGAUGCACCUAAAACAAAUGGACGAAGUCGGGAAAAUGGAUCAUCUUCUCACAAAUCCAGCAAAUCUCGUCAUCGGAGUAGGUCCAGGGAUAGGGAUAGGAAGGACAGGGAUAAAGAUCGCUCCAAAGGGGACAGGGACAGAGACAGGGAUAGGGAUCGCUCUGAUAAAGAUAGAGACAAAGACAGGGAUCGAGAUCGAGUGAAAGAUCGCGAUAAAGAAGAUAGAGGUCGAUCUCGAGAUCGGGAUAGAAAAGACAGAAGGAGAAGCAGAUCUAGGGACAGAAGGGAUAAGGACAGACAUGAUUAUAGAAGACGCAGUAAAGAACGACGUAAUAGAUCACCAUCACCACGUCCAUUCCCUAAACACAGGGGGCGAACACCUCCAAAUGCUCUCGGAUACAAGUCAACAGCUGAAGAACUCAGUCCGGAGGAAAGAGAUGCUAGAACAGUUUUUUGUAUGCAGCUCAAUCAGAGGAUAAGAGCAAGAGAUCUUGAGGACUUUUUCUCCAGUGUGGGUAAAGUGAGGGAUGUACGACUUAUAACAUGUAAUAAGACCAGAAGAUUCAAAGGCAUUGCAUACAUAGAGUUUAAAGAUCCUGAAAGUGUACCAUUGGCCUUAGGUCUAACAGGACAAAAGUUAUUAGGAAUACCCAUUGUAGUUCAGCACACACAGGCUGAAAAAAAUCGAAUGGGUAAUUCAAUGCCCAAUUUAGCACCAAAGGUCCAUACUGGUCCCAUGAGAUUAUAUGUUGGUUCGUUACAUUUCAAUAUAACUGAAGAUAUGUUAAGAGGAAUAUUUGAACCUUUUGGAAAAAUUGACAGCAUACAAUUGAUAAUGGAUCCGGAAACCGGGCGGUCUAAGGGAUAUGGCUUUUUAACGUUUCACAAUCACGAUGAUGCUAAAAAAGCAUUAGAGCAGUUAAAUGGAUUUGAAUUGGCUGGUCGACCUAUGAAAGUUGGAAAUGUUACUGAGAGGCUAGAUUUACAAACUGGACAAUCCUCACUUGACACAGACGAACUAGAUCGAUCUGGAAUUGACUUAGGAGCCACUGGAAGAUUACAGCUAAUGUUUAAAUUGGCAGAGGGUGCUGGACUGGCAGUACCUCAAGCUGCGGCUACAGCUCUCUUGGCGACUGCGCCACAACCUCAACCUCAAGCCCAAAUAAAUCCUCCUAUAGCAACUCAAUGCUUUAUGUUAGCCAACAUGUUUGAUCCAAGCAGUGAAACAAAUCCAUCCUGGGAUACAGAAAUUCGGGAUGAUGUUAUAGAAGAAUGCAACAAGCAUGGUGGUGUUUUACAUGUGUAUGUUGAUAGAGCAUCCAAUCAAGGCAACGUUUAUGUAAAAUGCCCGAGCAUAGCUACUGCUGUGGAUGCGGUUAAUUCAUUACAUGGAAGAUGGUUUGCGGGUAGAGUCAUAACAGCCGCAUAUGUACCUUUAGUUAAUUAUCACUCAUUAUUCCCCGAUGCCAUGUCUGCAGUUAUGUUGUUACUUCCUUCAGCGUCUAGAAGGGGUGGCAUGUAACUUGACACAUAAUUAGUGUUAUUUUUAUGGACCAAUAUGUGAAUUGUUUAUGUAAGGUUUUUAAAUUUUAGUCCUGAUUUAAAUUGUAUAGGUAUACAAAACUUAAUUUGUAAUUUUAUUUUAAUUAGAGCACUUGUUUGAGUAUUCAUUGAAUAGUGUGGAAAUAAUUGUAAAUAUAUAAAUAUAAUAUAAACUAUUAUAAAUUGAAACAGUA